AUGGUGUUUUCCUUGGCUAGUAUCUCAUUGGCAUCUGUAGUAGCUGCCUUGGUCAUCUUCAAACUCCUGAAGAAUAUGGUGUGCCCGUCACCCACCACACUGCCCUGUCUGCCUUCCUUCCCCAUCAUGGGCAGCCUGCUCAGCCUGGGAGGCACCACCUCUCCCCAUCUUCUCUUCACCAGGCUGGGGCACAAGUAUGGGGACCUCUUUGGUCUGUACUUGGGGCCCCACUAUACUGUGGUGAUCAACAAUUUCAAACACGCCAAGGAGAUCCUGCUGCACAAAGGGAAGGUCUUCGCUGGGAGACCCCAAAUGGUGACAACAGCUCUGCUGAGCAGGGAUGGGAAAGACAUUGCAUUCGCUGACUACGGUCCUCUCUGGAAGUUCCACCGCAAGCUGGUACACUCUGCGUUCACUAUGUUUGGAGAGGGCGCCAGCAAACUUGAGACCAUCGUUUGUCAGGAAGUCUCCAGCCUGUGCUCCUUUUUGAUGGAUAAUCUUGAAACCCCACUGGACCCGGGACUAGGCCUGUCCCAAGCCAUCACCAACGUGGUGUGCACCCUCGUCUUCAACUCCAAAUACCAGCCGGGGGACAGCGAGCUCCAGAGGGUGAUAGACUACAACAACAGCAUUGUGGAAACCAUCGCCAGAGGAAGCCUAGUGGACAUUUUCCCGUGGCUUAAGGUGUUUCCUAAUAAAGACUUAAAGAAACUGAACAAAUGCAUUCAAGUGCGAGAUGAGUUGUUAACACAGAAACUAGAGGAACACAAGGCUACUUACUGUAUGUCUGAGACACGGGACCUGAUGGACGCCCUGCUCAGAGCCCAGCGCAGCCCCAUGGAGAGCCGAGGCUUGGAGGAGACUAGUUUCAGUGAUGAUCACGUUCUGAUGAUUGCAGCAGAUGCCUUCGGUGCUGGAGUGGAAACCACGGCAACCACUCUCAAGUGGAUGAUAGCCUUCUUGCUUCAUUACCCUGAGGUCCAAAAAAAGAUCCAGCAAGAAAUCGAUGAGCAGAUCGGAUGGAAUCGCCACCCUGGUCUGUCAGACCGGAGGCUGCUGCCGUACUUAGAGUGCACACUGAACGAGGUGCUGAGAAUAAGGCCAGUAGCCCCUCUGCUUAUCCCUCACGUGGCCUUGGAAAAUACCAGUAUCGGAGAACAUGUCAUUCCUAAAGGUACACGUGUGGUUGUGAACAUGUGGUCCAUUCACCACGACCCCCAGGAGUGGGAGGAUCCCGACAGCUUUAUUCCGGAGCGCUUUCUGGACAGCGAAGGGCAGCGUUUCUCUCCCCCAGCAUUCAUCCCAUUUGGCGCAGGGCCCCGGGUCUGUAUUGGGGAGUCUCUGGCUAAGCUGGAGCUGUUUCUCUUCACCAGCUGGCUGCUCCAACAGUUCAGCUUUUUCUGCCCUCCCGGAACCCCCAUGCCCAACCUUGAAGGGAGAUAUGGGGUAGUCCUGCAGCCACAAAGCUACACGGUGUGUGUCCGUUCACGUCAUGACUGGAGAACCAAAAACAAAGAAUAA